CCUCCCUGCGCCAGAGGUGACCGGUACCUGCACGGGGGUGUCGCCCUGGGCACUCGGACACCGCCUCCUGGGAUUAAAGCGAGAGCCGGGGAGGGUCGGAGACUCCCUCGCGGGACCGAGGAGGCCAGGAGCUCCGUAGGAGGCGGAGGAGGAGGAAGGACGAGGGGCGGGAGUGCCGCGUCCGGGGAGCCGCAGGUCAUCUUGAACGUUCCAAAUACCUACCCGUACCUGAUGCUGCUGAUAAAGUCGGAAUGGCUUUAAACUCAGGACUACCACCUGGCGUGGGACCGUACUACGAAAACCAUGGCUACCAGCCCGAGAGCCUGUACCCGCCGCAGCCCGCCAGGGCCCCCAGCGCCUUCUCGGUGUACCCCGCUCACUACUACCCCCCCGCGGUGCCUCACUACACCGUGCGGGUGCUGACCAACGCGUCGACACCCGCCGUGCGCACGCAGCCCAAGUCUUCCUCGGGGACACCGUGCACCUCAAAGACCAAGAAGGCGCUGUGCAUCACCUUCUCCCUGGUGACCGUCCUCGCGGGAGCCGUGGUGGCCUCGGUCUUGCUCUGGAAGUUCACGGAGAGCAAGUGCACAGUGUCGGGGAUGGAGUGUGGCUCCUCGGGGACCUGUGUCAGUGCCUUUCAGUGGUGUGACGGGAUCCUUCACUGUCCCAGCGGGGAGGAUGAGAACCAGUGCGUUCGUCUCUACGGCCCGAACUUCAUCCUGCAGGUGUACUCGCCCCAGAGGAAGUCCUGGCAUCCCGUGUGCCGGGACGACUGGAGCGAGAGCUACGGGAAGGCGGCGUGCCAGGACAUGGGCUACCGGAACAGUUUUUAUUCUAGCCAAGGGAUAGCAGAUGACAGCGGAGCCACCAGCUUCAUGAAGCUGAACCUCAGCGCCAGCCACAGCGACCUGUAUCAGAAACUCUACCACAGUGACGUCUGUUCUUCGAAAACGGUGGUUUCUUUGCGCUGCAUAGAGUGCGGGGUCAACAGGAAGAUGGGCCGGCAGAGCCGCAUCGUGGGCGGGGCGAGCGCGGCGCCCGGGGACUGGCCCUGGCAGGUCAGCCUGCACGUGCAGAACGUCCACGUCUGCGGAGGCUCCAUCAUCACCCCCGAGUGGGUCGUGACGGCCGCCCACUGCGUGGAAGAGCCGCUGAGCCACCCCCGGUACUGGACGGCCUUUGCGGGGACUCUGAGGCAGUCCUCCAUGUUCUACGGCGACGGCUACCGGGUGGAAAAGGUGAUCUCUCACCCGGACUACGACUCCAAGACCAAGAACAACGACGUGGCUCUCAUGAAGCUGCAGACACCGCUGCCUUUUAACGACAGAGUGAAACCUGUGUGCCUGCCCAACCCAGGCAUGAUGCUGGAGCCAAAACAACCCUGCUGGAUUUCCGGGUGGGGGGCCACCUCCGAGAAAGGAAAAACGUCGGACCUGCUGAAUGCCGCGAUGGUGCCCCUGAUCGAGCCCGUGCUGUGCAACAGCAGAUACGUCUACAACAGCCUCAUCACGCCCAGCAUGUUCUGCGCCGGCUACCUGCAGGGGAACGUGGAUUCCUGCCAGGGUGACAGUGGCGGUCCUCUGGUCACUUUGAAGAACAGCGUCUGGUGGUUGAUUGGGGAGACGAGCUGGGGAUCUGGCUGUGCCAAGGCCAAUAGACCAGGAGUGUAUGGGAACGUGACAGUAUUCACAGACUGGAUUCAUCGACAGAUGCGGGCGAACAGCUAAUGUGUCCGGCCCUGUCCUUGACACCAUUCCACGAGAAAAUGAAGGGGCUAACGUUUAAUUCCUUGUGCAUAAUCAUGUAUUUUUAGAAAUGAUUCAGAGGUCCUUUUGUUUUGAUUAAAUAGUGAACUUGUCUGUUUCUGGCACUCUUCACAGUUCUGUGCAGAACCACGGUGGCUGCUCCCUGGGCCUUGGUCCCCGACCCCUAGUCCAAAAGGGGUGACAGGUCAGGCUGGGUGUGGGUGCCCAGGGCCAACGAAGGGUGGAAGGACGGAGCUUGCCACAGGCGUCUUGCUUCCGAGCCUGCCCAGGGGAUGCCUUUGGGGCUGGGGACCUCUCAGCCACUGUGGCAUGGCUUGAGACAGAGCCAGGUGGGACAGCCACCUUCUGGAGGGCCCUGCUACAGAGGGCCACUUGGGGAAGCCCCAGCGCCUGUCCCCACCCCACAAACGUUUUUUGCUGAUCAUUUUUUAAGUGCCUUCUUAGCAGCCCAGGAUGGUGGCUGGAAAUAAAGGGACCAGCCCUUCAUGGGUGAUGACUUGAUUGUCACUUGAAAGGGUAUCAGAAACCUUUUCUUCUUGGGGCAUGGUGGUGAGUGUCCAGACAGAGCCCCUGGAGCAAGGACCACCAUUGCCCACCGUCACUGCUGAGCACUUCGGGGCGGGUGGCCACCGCCGGGUGCAUACAGCUCCACCCUGGUGCACCAGCCUUACCAGCCCCUGCCCUCCUCCCUGGCCCACCUCCCGGCUGCCUGGGAGAUGCGCACGCCCUGCGGUCCUCCCAGCGGGGCCGAGUGCACAGCUUGCUGACCCUCUUCUGUCCGCUAGCCACAGGCACCUGCGGUCACCUGGGGAAAUCAGGGAUGUGUGAUUCAAGGUACGCUGUUCCCACGGAACGUUUCCACACGUUACUACCUCAGCGCGCACAGAAUCUGGGCUGCGAUGCCUCUCAGUAGUUGCUACCUUUGGUUCUUUGAAAUUAUUGCCCUUGCCAAUUCGAGCUGCUUUCACGAGCGACUGGCUCCUAAUUUCAUGUUCUGGAAAUGAGUUUGCUAAAGGACAGCACCGUGCUUGC